GCAAAUGCGAAUUGGUCAACACACACACGCACCCGAACGUAAAUUCCGCUCCGCUGGUCCAUAAAUUCAGAAGUUGCAACUGACUGAGAAGGGGACAAGUCAGUCAGAAACUUUCUUCCAGUUGAUUGCGCUCAUCUAUUCAUUCCGUCCUCACAUUCUCUCCACUGUACUAUCGCAUCUAUCAUGUCCAGUAGCACUCCUUUGUCUACGAAUCUUCCUCCGCCCCCUACGCUGGGUGGAUACAGCAAAACGCGUCUGGACAAGGUCGUCCACGCCAUUGCUUCUACAUUGGCCGAUCCCCAAAUGCGCGCACUAAGUCAGCGCGCCGUACAGGGCAAAGUUUGGCACCUUCAGCCGGCCGUUUCGGCAAUGCUUUCCGAUCUGCGUGGCGAGGAAGAGCAAGUUCGGCGUUCCCUUCUGGAUCGCACCAGUGCCCUCGUUUAUAAGUUCCACGAGCAAGGCUUGGAUGCGACUCUAGCUCGUGCCGGUCUCACACAGGAUGCUCGAGUCCACGCGGGCUCGUCGUUGGAUCAAAAGGAAACCUUCGACCUUUUCUGCCUCGAUGCUAAGGAACGGUUGUACAUGACUCUCAAGAACUAUGAUUGGCUGAAGGAUUUCUUUCGACUCUAUCCGCUCCACUUCUACGAAAACUCUUUCCAAUUUGUGGAUCGUAUCCCCACCAAGAAACUAAAGGUCAAAGUCAAGGUUGUUGGCCUCGGUAUUGGUGGAUCCGUCGCCGUCAGUGGUCUCGCUAAGAGCGGUAUCGAGACUGUGGUGGGAUACGAAAAGCGUGGUGAAAAAGGGCCCCGCUCGGUUUCAUCUCGAUACCAAAACGCUUCGUGGCGAGCCUACGACAUUGCGGGCAAGCUGGUAGAUGAAGAGGCAUUCCAGCAUUUGAUUGAAAAUCGCCAGCGGAUUAACGUCAAGUACGACGACGGAACCGAAGCCAUCGUCUCCUCCGAUAGAGUGCAGAUUAUCAUUGGGAGUGCAAUUCAAUCGGCUAUCGACUCGGCACGCCGGUACGGGGCAGAGCUACAUUUCGAAUCGCCCAUGGACGCUUUUUAUAGCGAAACCAAGGCAAAGUCCUCGCCAGCCUUCGAUAUCGUGGCCUUGUUUUGUGGGGCUCACACGUCUCAGAUGGUUCCUGGCAUGGCGAAAGCUAUGGAAGUCCACGAAUGGCCCGACCUGAACUCGACCUGUAAGAUGUGGUUGCGCGUUAUGCCUUCGGACAAACUCGAUUCCUAUUGUGCCCGUGGCGGAGAAAUAGGUGCCGAGCAGUGGCACUACACCAUCGAAAGUGCGCGUCAGAAUGUGGAAGACAUGGAGCGCAUCGGGUACAACCUCGACUCUCAGUAUCAGUAUAAUCUUGGCAAACUCGCCAAAGGAGCCGACAUCGGCAUGACUAAAGAGCAAGUGGAGGAGACUUACCAACAGCAAAAGGCUCGUCUCGCCGAAGUAAUGGAAAUUGUCAAGUCUGGCAAAAGUCCUGGCAACCGUUUCGACUACGUUUUUACUAACGCCCCGCACAACGAGCACAACGUUGCCAAACACGCUGCCGUCAAGGAGCAAGUCGUCCUCGAUGGAGGGUACACGGUCGAGAUUAAGAUUGCUUCCAAGAGUAUAGUCAAAGAUGAGGAAUUGCUGGACAAGUUUAAUACGAGUUUGAUUGUUUGUGGCGGUGACGCUUGCGUUCCACCAAAUCCGUUAGCGGCCUACGGAGCUACAUUGGCCUGCGAGGCAGCAGGCAAUCUGGUACAGCUUGCGGUGGGCGUCGGGCAUUUGAACUCAAUUCUAGAGGAUAUGGAGGCCAUGCAGGAAAAUGUUCCAGAGAUUUCGUACGAUUGGAUUCAAGAGGUCAAGGAUCUCAAGUCUCUCUUGAUUAUGUAUUACGAGGCUCGUUCGCGCUCCGAAAACUACUUUCAGUGGGUGCAGACUUUGAUUUGCAACAUGUAUUCGUUACCGCCCAAAGCCUGAGCAGCAUAUUAGUGUGAAUAGGUUAAACUCUCUCAUGUACAUAGUGCAGUGUUCAAGUGUUUUC